AUGGAUUUAGUUCUAAACAGCCUAAUAAAUGCCACACCAUUUACACUCCUAAUUUUUCUUAUUUCACUAUGUCUAUUUGGAUUCUCUAAAUUUGCUCAUAGCAAAAACAAAGAGGCACCAAUAGCCAAAGGUGCAUGGCCAAUACUUGGUCACCUCCCAAUUUUUUGUGGCACACAAGCACCCCAUAGAAUCUUAGGUGCCCUAGGUGAUAAACAUGGACCAAUAUUCACCAUCAAGCUUGGUCCUAAACAUGCCUUAGUACUCAACAAUUGGGAAAUGGCUAAGGAAUGUUUCACUACAAAUGAUAUGAUCGUUUCGUCUCGUCCAAAGCUUGUUGCAACUGAACACUUAGCUUAUAAAGGAGCCAUGUUUGGCUUUGCGGCCUAUGGUCCAUAUUGGCGCCACCUUCGCAAGAUUUCAAAUUUAGAGAUUCUCACCAGUCGUAGAGUCGAGCAUCAUCAACAUAUUCGUGUUUCUGAAGUUCAAACAUCGAUUAAAGAGCUCUUCAAUAUUUGGUCUAGAAAAAAGAACGAAUCAAAUCCAUCAAACUAUGUGUUGGUGGACUUGAAGCAAUGGUUUACACACGUAACAUUUAAUAUGGUCCUUAGAUUGGUUGUUGGGAAGAGAUAUUUUGGUGCAAAAACUAUUGUUGAUGAAGAAAAAGCUCAAAGAACUGUGAAAGCUUUGAAUGAGAUGAUGCAUUUGUCAGGGAUAAUCACUGUGGGAGAUGUUAUUCCAUGUUUCAAAUGGUUUGAUUUUGGUGGUCAUGUAAAGGCCAUGAAUGAAACUUCUAAGGAAUUGGAUGAAAUUUUAGGUGAGAUGUUAAAGGAGCGCCGCCAUAAAAGAACUUUGAGUGAAAAGGUUGAUGGUGAAGAUCAAGACUUCAUGGAUGUGUUACUUUCAUUGCUUGAUGGAACAACUAUUGAAGGGUUUGAUUGUGAUACCAUGAUCAAAGCCACAAUAUUGACAAUAUUUAUCGGAGGAAGUGACACAAGUAGUGGUGCCUUAACUUGGGCGCUAAGUUUGCUAUUGAAAAAUCCUAUUGCCAUGGAAAAAGCAAAAGAAGAACUUGACACUCAUGUUGGUAGAGAGAGAUUUGUGAAUGAGUCAGAUAUAAUUAAGUUGGUAUACCUUCAAGCUAUAGUCAAGGAAACACUGAGAUUGUAUCCAUCUGCUCCUCUAGGCGGACCUCGUGAAUUCUCAGAGAAUUGCACUUUAGGUGGUUAUCAUGUUACAAAAGGAACUCGAUUAAUCACAAAUCUUUGGAAGAUCCAAACAGAUCUUAGUGUUUGGCCAAAUCCAUUAGAUUUUAAGCCAGAAAGGUUUCUUACAACUCAUAAAGAUAUUGAUGUUAGGGGUAAUCAUUUUGAACUACAACCAUUUGGAAGUGGUAGAAGGAAAUGUCCUGGAAUAUGUUUUGGACUUCAAAUGGUGCAUUUUACUCUAGCUAGUUUUUUGCAUUCCUUUGAUAUCUUAAAUCCAACACCUGAACUUAUUGAUAUGACUGAAGAAUUUGGAUUAACAAAUAGCAAAGCUACUCCACUUGAAAUUCUCAUUAAACCACGUUUGUCUCUCAAUUGUUAUGAUGAAAUUAUGUGA